UCAUCGUGAUGUUGUGACGCUACACACCAACCUCAUGUCAGACUUCUGCUGUGUAUAUAUAUCUAGUCGACGCCGAACAGACACAGUCACAGAUCUCACAAGUCUCGAAGAGCAUCCCAACACGGUCACACAUACAAACGCAUUGUUGCAAUGCCGAGUCUAGUUGGAUCACCACCACGGGAGCUGCAGCACCUCAACAUGGACACGAGUAGCAAAAAGAGGGCAGGAAACCUGAAGUCUCGACUGAAGUGUAGAUCGUCUCAAGCCGCUAACACUGAGGGGCUUUGUUAUGAAGAGAUGUCCCAGUGGUCACACUCACUAGAGAGCCUUCUAUCAUCCAAAUAUGGCAUGAAGAUAUUCCAGGCCUUCUUGAAGUCAGAGUUCAGUGAUGAAAACAUUGAGUUUUGGCUGGUGUGUGAGGACUAUAAGAAGAUUAAGUCUUCCUUCAGGAUGUCCUCCAGGGCUAAAAAGAUCUUCAAACGCUAUAUUCAAGCUGAGGCUCCGAGAGAAAUCAACAUUGAUCAAAAGACCAGAGAGCUGAUCAGGCGGAACAUGAAGACGCCCACCACCGUGUGCUUCGACGAUGCCCAGAGGAUCGUCUACGGGCUGAUGGAGAGGGACUCUUACCCACGUUUCCUCAGGUCUGACAUCUAUCAGGCUCUACUGGACUCCAGAUCAGAAUCAGUUAAGAUGUAAAGAAAACAGAUGCCACAGACAUGAUGUUUGUAGAAGCUGUACUGUAAAGCUGAGCCUAAUGCAGGACUACCUGAGAGAAGCUGUGGGGUUGGUUGUCUUGACUACACGGGCGUUAAGUCUUUAACACCAAAAGGAGCCCCAAAAACUUUCCUUCUGAGAUGGAGAAGACAUGCUUCGGGGUUGGCCAUGGCCUCAUAUGACUGUGUUAGUCAACUCUGUCGUAAAGACAGUUUGUUCAGAACCAGCCGGUGUCAUGAAAAGGGACGGAGAGAGGCCAGAAAUGGUUACUGGCGUACAUUUUCAUAUCUUGUGACAACCGCCGUAAAGGAAAGGACUUCCCAGAUAUGCUGCAAUUAUGAAGUGAAAAUGUGAGGGACUUUCUGUACGAGAUGCCAGGAAGUGUAUGUGGUGCAAAAACAACACCCUCCACCCCAGAAACAAGUGCUUGAUUUAUUGCACACAUCUUAAGUUUUAUUGUUGUCUCACUAAAGCAAUAGAAAAGUAUGCUAUCAAGACGUGUAUUUGAAUUACAUUUGUUUUACAUUCUGACAACGAUACUGUUACAAUUAUAAUAUUUUUUAAUAAGCUAUAUGUAUUUCACAGUUUGUGAGAACGUUAUGUGAAUGGGAAUAUUGAGGUGAAUUUGUACAUAUUUGAUAAUAAACUAUAUAUUUGCUUUUAAAUCUA